AUGGAUGCUUUGGAAGCUGUUUUGUCUCUUUUAAUCUAUGGACAAGUUCUAUUCUUCCAUUAUGACAAAAUUGUUGAUGUGACUGCUAUCAAGAUAUUUCUAAGUAAGAAUCCCGUUCCUACUUUACUUGGUGAUUUGUUACAUUCUAUUCACUUCCGAGUAUUGAAAAGGAAAGGUUGUGUCCUUGGAUGUGCUCCGCUAUUGCAUAAGUGGUUUAUUUCGCACUUAGCUCUCUCCGUAAGAAAGAAUGAAGGAGGCUUAACUUGGUCUCAAAGAAUUAUGAAGCUUUCUUUUUACAACGUCAUUUGGUGCCAAAAGAAGUUUGAAAGAACUUUACUAUUUGAUAGUUGUGGGGAAUUCCCUAAUAUACCGCUUCUUGGCGUUCGUGGGGGAAUAACGUAUAAUCCUAUUCUAGCUCGACAUCAGUUUGGUUUUGCUUUGAAGGAUAAGCCACGUUCCUUGUAUCUCAGUUCAGAAUACUUCAGCUAUGAUUCAAAUAAGUCAAAGAAAAGAGAUCUCUUCAUUAAGGCUUGGUCGAAAGUAAAGAAAGUUGGUGCAAAAGAUAUAGGAAGAAGAAAUUACAUGCCAUGGGACCCGUACUUCCAAUGGGUUUAUGAUCGAGUUAUGGAAUUUGGGAUGCCUUACCCUUCUGAUACGCCCAUAGUACCAAGGGUAGCUCCUCCUGCUGUCCCAAUUGCAUUCGAGCCGUAUGUUCCUACUCCAAAUGAAGAUCUUGUUGCAACUGUUAACCAACUGAAGAGGGAAAGGGAUGACUUUGAGAGACGCUUACGAAAGGUUGAAGCUGAAAAAGAAGUGUUGACACAAGAUGCUAAAGAGCGAGAGACUUUACUUGACUAUUUUUCUCGUAAAUGGAAAAUUGAAGAUUUCGUUUCCCCGGAUCAGAUUAACUCAUGGGAAAAUGAAAUUUCUAGGCUUGUUCAAGAAAGAGAGGAAAUGAUCAAGGCACACAAGGAAGAAGUCAGGUCUGAUGUAACUAAAUAA